AUACAUUCAAAAUGGAAUAACAGUCGUAUAAAUAAAGUCGUAAAAAAUAAGUAAAGAAAAAAUAAAAUUAAAAAAAAAAAAAAUUGUUGAAAGCGUUUAUCAAAUAGUUUAGGUAUCUCAAGGAUGUGCCUGAAGUUAUGAUUUGACAAUUUGAGCUUUAAACAUACAUUAAACAUAAACUAUUAUAAAUAAUUGCAAAAUGUAUGAGAGAGUUAAAAGAUAAGUCAUGGGAAAUAUUUGUUGUACAGACACUUCUACUGAUUUAAACGAAAAAACAGGUACUCCAGCUGAGCAGCACCCUUUACAUGGAAAAAAUGUGGAAGUUGUUGAGUUACCACAUAUAAGUGAGAGAGAAAUUGAGCUUUCUGAUAAUAAAGAGGGAACCUUAUUUUUGAAUCGAUCAACAAUACGUUCUGGAAAACGCAAUGGAAACAAUGAUAGAAAAGCACGCUGUCAUACAAUGUAUUCCCCAAGCAAAAGUAACAGUUCUGUUACAAUAAAAAAGUCCAACUCUUGUUCAACAAUAUUUAUUGAUGAUAAUACUGCAAGUCAGCCAAAUUUAAGGCUAACACUUAAAUGUGUUUCAUUGGCAAUUUAUUAUCAUAUAAAAAAUCGAGAAGGAGAUGCUCAUUUAAUGGAUAUAUUUGAUGAAAAACUUCAUCCAUUAUCAAAAGAUCCUGUUCCUAAUAAUUACAACAAAGUUAAUCCAGAGCAUAAACAUGUUUACAGAUUUUUAAAGACUUUAUUUAGUGCUGCUCAAUUAACUGCAGAAUGUGCUAUUAUUACUCUGAUCUAUUUAGAAAGACUUAUAACUUAUGCUGAAAUUGAUCUGCAUCCAUCUAACUGGAAGCGUAUUGUCCUAGGAGCUGUUUUACUGGCUUCAAAAGUCUGGGAUGAUCAAGCAGUUUGGAAUGUUGAUUACUGUCAGAUAUUGAGAGACAUAGCUGUUGAAGAUAUGAACGAAUUGGAACGUGUGUUUUUAGAAAUGCUUCAAUAUAACAUAAAUGUACCGUCAAGUAUAUAUGCAAAGUUUUAUUUUGAUCUGCGCGCUCUAGCUGAACAGAAUAAUUUUCAAUUAGCCAUGCAACCAUUAGACCCUAAUAGAGCUAAAAAAUUAGAGGCAAUAUCUAGGUUAUGCGACGAAAAGCAGUUUCCAACAACGAAAAGGGUUUAUCGUUCAAAUAGCGUUGAUGACAUGAAAUCUAAACGUAGAAGUAUUGCUGUUCUUUCCUAGCUCACUGAAUUUAUAGUUCUUUCCUAGCUCACUGAAUUAGUUUUUAUAAAAUUUUAAUAAAAAGCAA